CGUGUCGGUUUCAAAGGGUGCUAUGAUCGUCUUCGAAAUGUCGAUGAGAGUACGCCAACAAGUAAGUACCCUUACGAAUAGGAGGGCUGUGUAACUGUAAGUCAUCUAAUUGAAAUAUAUGUCAGCGUCUAAAAAAGGAACAAAUUGCCUUCAUAUUUCGAUACAACAGUCGAAGACUAAUAAAUACAACCAACCAUGGGAGUUUUUGACUCGCAGAAGCUCUCGGGCCCCGAGCUUGGGCGGCGACUGCGUUUGCUGCUACGCAGGUACGCGGACAUUGCGCAGGCCCUGGACCUCGCAUUAGGGCCCGAGCACGGCAUCCGCAUAAAGGACGCAUUUGACGUAUCCAACUUUUCCGACGGGCAACUGGACAAGUUUUACCGAGAGUACAAGAAGGAAAAUGGCAUCGUCGACCCGCCUCCGGUGCCGACCCAACAAGCAGCCGCUCCUCGAGUGAUAGUGGGAACGAGUCAGCCAACUUCCAGCUCCAACGAUUUGUGGCUCGCACGCCAGGGACAAGAACAGGCCGCAAAGAUGAACAGGGAUGAUCCGACCGCAGCUGAUCAUAUUCCCACACGUGCGACGACUACGAUCACCAAGGAGAUUAAAGCCGCAUCUCCUGCUGCUGCCGCAGAAUUGCGGAAGCCGAAGCGAAACAGUGGCGCUCGCUCAGUUGAAGCCUCCGCGGCGAAGGCGGCCACGGCUUCUCAGGCUGCGGUGGCAACAAGCAGUGCGAAAAGUGCAGGAGCACGAGGACCGCAGCCAGCGUCAGAUCGCGAGGUCGAGGGGGGCCACAGAAGAUCCGCUGACAUAAUUCCCGCGGUUCUCGCAGAAGCCGAUGAGAACAUCGUGGACCACUACCUGGCAAUGGAUAGUACAGAAGGAAGUGCAAAGAGCAACGCGAAAUCUGAGGUGAGGACCUCUACGGUGGAUGCAUUGGAUGAGGAUGAAGGUGCAACUGGUGGCCCCGAUACUGCGCCCACCGCGGUGGGGAAACCAGCUGCAACCGAAGUAGCGACUGUUGGCAAAGAACCCAAAAGUCGAGGGGGGCCACCCGCGAAGUCAGCACCGGGUCCGAAAAAAGAAGUGGAUGCUGAGCAAGCUGACCACCGCCGCAAAUCUCGAGCGAUAGUGCGAGAGACGCACGCAGCAAAAAGUGCCGCUGCUGCCGCGCACAGCAAUCAAAAGCUGAGUCCGCAGCAGCGCUGGAAGAUGCUGGGAAAAUCGGCUGAAACUGCGUCCAGCAUAAAGAGCGGUACAUGUUAAAGAUACAAGUCAUUGUCGAACCACCUAACAUAAAUUUGUUUGUCCCUGCUGAUCUUUCUUGAGAACGAGAAUGAAACUGUAAAGUGAAGGGAAUGCACAUGCAGAAGAUGAAGGCUGUACCAACUGAGAUUCAGUAAGCGCAGUUAUAUCGAAAUAAAAAUUUCACUUUACCUUGCUUCGCUCGUAGCAUAGUUAGAGGUGCUCUGAAAACCGAUCAGGAUCGUCGACGAGCAGCCCAACGAGAAAGUCCGGUGUUGGAGGGGUUGGAGUGCGCGGUGAUCGAGCGAAAUCGAGGUCGUCUGCUAGCGCGGUUUCCUCCACAGGAACGUCCGCACUGGACGUCAGAAGCUCGGGCGCGGACCAGAGUGGAACGACGUCCCUGGUAGAGCCGAGGAGCGAUCCGGCGGCAAAAGACAAGCGGCGUGCGUCGACGCUGCCUCGAAGGUCCCUCGGACAGACGGAAACCAAAUUCUGGCUCUACUUGCAAUCUGCACUGGAAAGAGCAGCUCGAGCGACCGAAAACGCGGCUGCAAUGUACUUACUUCUUUGUAGUCAAUCUUCAUCAACAUCGAUGCAUGACGUGCUGGUAGAUCUGGUUACAGACUAGACAUUUCGUGGUUCAUCACUACAACUUCAUGCUCUUUUUUUGCGGGAUCAAAUGUGGUGGACGCCAGAGCGACCGCGACCCUGGUAGUUGGUUCAUCUGUGAAUACCACGUGAAGUAGAAAAUGAACUACAGAGAAUUCACGACAGGCAGCACAUUGCGAGUAGUUUGCAGCUCGGCUACAGCGUUCUGGACCCGGAAGACACGGCACACGAAGAUUUUUCGUCGUUCCGGCCGACGCAGCAAGGUCCGUUUCUGUACCUGUUUGACACCAAAGUCGACACCAGCGAGUGGCGCCUGCUGCCCGGCGUACUGGACGCUACGGAUGUGGCCAAGCUCCGGCCCUUAUUGAGAGGAAGAAUCCCCCCUCCCAAUAUUGACAAGGCACGUUUUCGAAAAUUUGUGUUGCUGAUUUGUGGCCACAAAUCGUCUCUGUGUUGCAUGAGGGCAACUCCACAGGCGCCGCCGCAUUCUACAGGCGGUUUGUCAUGCUGUUGCUCCUACAGCGCGGACGUCUGUCAUGCUGAGCGCCCAGGCCAUAACCUGACUCGUGGCCGCAAAUCAGCAGCACAGGUUUCCGCUUCGAUAUGGGGAGGGGGGAUUUUUCCCUUUGAUAGCCCUUCCUCUCCGACUACCUCACCACCGUGGAGGUGACCGCGGUCCCGCGGCACGAGCGGGACUCCAAGAUGCGCCGGGCCACGGACGGCGACGAGCACAGCUUCCAAAUCUUCCGCACCCACUCUUCCCAUCUGAAGGCCCCCGCGCUCACGGUACUGCAGCCCGGCAAGCUCUUCUACUUGUCGCAGUCGUGUUGGCUGAAAGAGGACGGACUCACGAGAGACUUCAUCGCGGGCGUGCGCAUCUACUUCGAAACCCAGGUACUUUUAUUCUUUUCCGAUGGAAGGCCAUGCAUACAGUUUUUUUCUGUUUUCUGUUCUAGUUGCUUUCCGCUGUAUCUUCAUGAGGCGAGCUACUGUUCCCCUGAAGUGAGGACCGACCCAUGGAACCGACUAGCUACGAUACACGCACACAUGUGGUAAAUACAAACUUUUCUCAUCGGCGAUCUUACUCAACACUUAGGCACCUACGCCGGAAGGCACUGCGCAAGGACGGCCCUUCGUACAGAUCCGGCCCUACCGCCUGUCGUUGAAGGUGUGGCGUCCCGACCAACAAGUGUGCACUACGGAAGACUUGCUAGAUCUCAUAUUUCGCCGUAUGGCAAAGUCAGCUUGAAGGAUUGGAGAGCGUAGUACCGUAGACACAAAUAAGAAGUCGCUGUUAGAUGAUGAAGGCUUGCUAGAAGCACUUGCGCCAGCACUGCAUGCAGAGACUCCUUGACGUUUCUUCCAAACAUGGACGAUACGAAGGAUCGAUCAUCGUCAUGCGGUUUCUGAGUUCCAAGAAAAUGGAAAAUUGCGUGAAAUUGCAGAGCAGCGGAUCGAUGCAGAAGCGGCGGCGCAUUGCCAGAGACGCGCU